AUUGUGUUGCAGGAAGUGUCAUAGGCAAAAAUACCCGUAACAAGCUUUCUCAGCUGAUCGGCUCAUGAUGGGAGGCGGAAGUGCCUCUUCGCUAUGGACGACGCUGGAGUUGGCCAGGGAGAAAUAGAUAUAAUUUUGCAAAUCAAUCUGCUCCUCCGUUUAAUUGCAGGGAAAAAAAGGAGGGUAGGCAGAUUAUUUAAUUUUCUUUAAUUUCCCCUGUAACUGCUAAACGGUUGUACUUUGGGCAGCGAGGAAAAAGUCAACCAAUCGUAUUUCCAUCUCCUUUUCCAUUUAGCAUUCGCAAAAGGCAAGAGUAGUUGGUUUUUUAAAAAACCACGAUUUUAAAAAUUGCAAUCCUUGGAAGAGUUUACAAGGCAGCCUGCCUUUCCCCCAGCUCCAUUUCUGUUCGUUGGUUUUAUUAGGGAAGGUGGGGAAUUAUUUUUUUUCCAGUGUCGAGAGAGGGGAGGAGAGAGGAAGAGGAAGUCUUCUUGCAGCAGCCUGGCUUGCUCCGUCUUCCCAGGCAGACUGAGAUGAAAUCAUUAUCGGGGGCGUUGGCAUGGCAUCCUUCAAGACUUUCGGCCAGACUGGACAGAGGGAAGACGAGGAGAGUGGAGGAGAUUUGGACCGAUCUCUCCAGCAGAUGCUGCGAGCGAUAGUGGAGGAGAGAAACCGCAUCAACAUCCGCCAGGAGAUCAGCGGGCUUGGGUGUUUCAAAGAUGACCGCAUUGUGUUCUGGACAUGGAUGUUUUCCACAUAUUUUAUGGAGAAAUGGGCUCCCCGACAGGAUGAUAUGCUCUUUUAUGUCCGUCGAAAACUGGCCUAUGUUAGUGGCGAUAAUACAGAUGGAAAAAAGCAGGUUGAAGUUGAGGUUUACCGUAGGGAUUCUAAGAAGCUGCCUGGCCUGGGAGAUCCGGAUAUCGAUUGGGAGGAGAGUGUCUGCUUGAAUCUCAUCUUGCAAAAGCUUGAUUACAUAGUAACAUGUGCUGUGUGUACUCGUUCAGAUGGUGGGGAUAUCCACAUUCACAGAAAGAAAUCCCAGCAAGUCUUUGCAUCUCCAAGUAAACACCCUAUGGACAGCAAAGGGGAGGAAUCAAAGAUCAGCUAUCCAAAUAUAUUUUUUAUGAUUGACAACUUUGAAGAGGUAUUCAGUGACAUGACUGUAGGGGAAGGUGAGAUGGUUUGUGUAGAGCUGGUGGCCAGUGACAAAAGCAACACAUUCCAAGGAGUUAUCUUCCAGGGAUCCAUCCGCUACGAAGCCCUGAAGAAAGUUUAUGAUAACAGGGUAAGCGUUGCAGCAAAAAUGGCACAGAGGAUGUCAUUUGGCUUUUAUAAGUACAAUAAUAUGGAGUUUGUGAGAAUGAAGGGACCACAAGGAAAAGGACAUGCAGAGAUGGCAGUGAGUCGGGUUUCAACAGGGGACACUUCUCCCUAUGGAACAGAGGAAGAUUCGAACCCGGGCUCGCCUCUCCAUGAAAGAGUCACUUCAUUCAGUACUCCUCCAACUCCCGAACGAAACAACCGCCCUUCUUUUUUCUCCCCAUCCCUUAAGAGGAAAGUGCCCCGGAAUCGCAUUGCUGAAAUGAAGAAGUCCCACUCUGCCAAUGAUAGUGAGGAGUUCUUUAGGGAUGAUGAUGAUGGAGAUCUGCACAAUGCAACAAACCUAAGAUCACGGUCAUUAUCUGGAACAGGAAGGUCUCUUGUGGGCUCAUGGCUGAAGCUAAAUAGGACAGAUGAAAACUUCCUACUCUAUGCACACUUAACAUACGUCACGUUGCCACUGCAUCGAAUCUUAACAGAUAUUCUAGAAGUGCGGCAGAAACCAAUUCUGAUGACAUAGCAGAUCGCUGGGCACUGCCUUGGAAACCUUGCUGCCAAGUGCCUAAAAAACCCCAACCAAACUACAGUGGUCUUCUGUCACAACACCACCAUCUAGUGUCAGGAACUUAACAUUAUACUGAAAAAAGGGAUGUCUAGGAAUUACCAGCCAACCAGUCAAGAAGUGCCUCUUUCUUCUGCUAUACGUACUGUAUGCUCACUGCAAACAAAAAAAAACCCUGUCUCUUUAUAGACUGGCAGAAAACUUCCAAUCAACCAACCAACCAACCACCACAGAAGUUGGGACUGUGUUUAAAGAAAAAAAAUGCUUUAUGAAUAAUUUGUUACAGUGUUUACUUCAUAACUGGAAAUAAAUGAACAUGUACAGAAUGUAUUAAUCUUUCUAUACUUUAAGAGACGUGUCCAUGGGAUUUCAUACUGAUGUACCAAUGAACUUCGUUUCAUAGACUGUUGAAAACCCUCCUUGUUCCUAAAUAAAACAUCUUUGUGUAUGUCUGUACAGUUGAAAGGAUAGCAGAAUAACAUGACAAUGGAGAGAAAUCAAGGACUUGGCCAGAGUCCCAUUUGGCUACAUAUAGUAGUCUAGCUGGAGCUAGAUGGUUUUUUUUUCUGUUUCUGUCAAUAGUAUAUUUUAGGGCUCACAGUGCAAACUGAUUCUACAAUUUAUAUAAUCUCCAUCUACCAAAGAGCAGCAAAAGGUCCAACCAAAAAUGACUGAAAGAUCAACAGUGAAGAAAUGUAUUGUGAUUUGAUUCCAGUAUGGCUAAUACUUCUAGGAUAAAUCUGUCUUUUAACAGUGCAGAUGCCUACAGUUUGGAGCAGGAAAGGAAACAUGAACGCAAGGCCUCUACUACCAAAAAAGAAACAAACCCCAGCACACCUCAGCUAGUUGCUUAUAUUCUGAAUCAGUGAGAAUUACAACCAACUGAAGUGAGUUACUACAAAGCUUUAUACUUCAAACAUCUCAUCAAGCAGUUACCUCAGAUCUUCAUUGUAUUGGUGCUGUGCUAUACUGAAGCCUACCUUAUUUUGGAAGGUUAUCAAACAUGACCUAAACAAAAAUCUAGGAAAGGUUAUAUUUGUCUGUGUAUAGAAAAUAGUCUGCUGAAUGUACAACAGAAGGUGCAUAGAUAUGUGCCAUUUUGAGUGUGGCAGAGAUUGUUCACUGCUCUGUGAGCACAUGUAUGGUCUGAGGUGAACUUUUUUAUAUAAACAAGGAAAGAUCUUUCUCUCAA